UGCUUACAUAACCUGUACAGUGUUUUAUAUUUCCAAUAUAUUAUGUGUAUGUAUAUGUACAAAUGAGUGAUGGAAAGAAUACGCAUCGACAGAAACGCAGCGGCGGCGGUGGAUGAAUACCUGGAGUACAGAAGGAUCGUUGGUGAGGAUGAUGGGGGUAAACUCUUCACCCCUGAGGAGUACGAGGAGUACAAGAGGAGGGUUCUGCCGCAGCGGCUGCGGAACCGGCUGUAUGUGAGCUUCGGGGUCCCCGGCGGGAUAGACUGCAAACUGGUGGGGCCAGAGACGCCCUGUCUCUGCAGCCACAGAUAUAAGCAGCACCAGACGGACUUUGAGGAGCUCCCCUCUGAGAGGCCUCUGGCGCUUCCAUGCCGGGUUCGAGGCUGUGGGUGUGUCUCCUACCAGUACGUCCACCUGUGCGGCUCACAGCCGGUGCGCUGCAGGUGCAAGCACUCCGCCCGCGACCACAGUGAGGCUGCGGGACACCUGUGCAGGAAGUGUUCUGGCUGCACCGGCUUCCACAGCCCGUACACCUGUGGCUGUGGGCAGCCCGGUUACGCCCACGAGACGCUGGUGGAGACCCGGCAGGAGCGGGAGGCCCGGGGCAGGCCGGUGGGCCGGGACGUCCCUUACGCAGCCAUGGGAGGACUGACCGGCUUCAGCUCUCUGGCCGACGGCUACCUGAGGCUGGACCACAGCGGGACAGGUGCCCCCCCGGUGGCGCUGGAGGCAGGUGGACCUGCGCCAGCCCCGGCUCACACGUUAGAGGAAGCUCACGACCCGCAAACCCAAACCCCAGCCCUUAGGACAAGGGAGGAGGAAGACAUGGCCUACUUUGAGAGACGCUACCAGGAACGGAUGAAAAUGGAGAGAGAGGCCAAACGGAAGACGUCCCGCAGCGGGGCGAAACCACAGCCUGACCACUGCAGGACAUGAGCCAAUCACCACAGUGCUAAGCAGCCAAUCACAGGCCACACUGUCCGCACUGUCAGUCACCACAAAGAACUGCGUUUUGCAGUAAUCUUAACUUCAUCACAUGUUAAG